AUGGAAAUAGACACAAAAUCUAUCGAGAACAAUGGCCGAAAUACUGUUCAGCAGCGCGAUCCCUCGCGGACGCCUUCGACAGACGAGAAGCGGCCCUCCCUCAGUGGCUCAGCAAAGGAAAAGGAGCACAGCUUGAAAGCUGGGAAUGUCGAUCCAGUCAAGGAGGAUGCGAUUCUCGAGCACGACGCGUUUGCCAACACCAGCGUCCAUUGGACUGUAGAGGAGGAAAAGGCGCUCGUCCGACGGCUUGACUGGCAUAUCGUUCCAUUGGUUACAAUCCUUUAUCUGUCCAAUUUCAUCGACCGAGCUAACAUUGGCAAUGCAAAAGUCGCCGGUUUGAACACCGACCUCGGGCUCGUUGGUUUCCAAUACAAUAUUGGGUUAUCCGUGUUCUACGUUGCCUACAUUCUCGUUGAAGUGCCGUCAAAUUUGCUCCUGAAGCGUUUCGGGGCCAAGGUCUGGUUAUCGAUCCUUGUACUCUCAUUCGGAACUGUUUGCUUCUGUACCGCCUUUAUCACCAACUUUGGCGAGUUUAUGGUUAUCCGAAUUCUGCUGGGCGUCGCAGAGGGCGGUAUGAUGCCCGGUGUGGCGUACUAUCUAUCGACAUGGUACACCCGCGACGAGUUGGCACUUCGAAUAGGCAUAUUUGUUUCCGCUGCGAGUAUGGCCGGUGCUUUUGGAGGUCUACUCGCGACAGCUUUCCUCUCCAUACCCCAGAUCAGUGUCCUGCCCCAUGGCCGUUGGCGAAACAUCUUCCUGAUUGAAGGAGCAAUCACGAUACUCUUGGGCUUUGUGGGAUUCAUGUUUCUGCCACGCUCACCAGACGAUUCUGGCUUCCUAACGGAACGGGAACGGACCAUUGCGAUGGAGAGAAUUCGUGUUGAAAAUGCUGGCUUGGUUGAGGAGGAAAGCACAGAUUUUGAGCUCGUCCUCCGUGCUUGGUUCAACAUGACCAACUGGAUAUGUGCACUCUGCUUUUUAUUAACGAACAUAUCGAUCCAAGGAAUGGUUCUUUUCAUGCCCUCACUCAUCGCCGGAAUGGGAUAUACAGAAAUCGAGUCGCAAUUGCUCACUGUGCCCCCGUACAUCCUCGCUUCAAUAUUUUGCAUUGGCAUUGCAUGGCAGAGUCAACGGUCUUCUCGACGAGGUAUCUGGAUCUUACUUUCAGCGCCGAUUUGUAUCGUCGGAAGUAGCAUGCUCAUCGGUUCGCCUGACCGAAAGGUCGAGUAUGCGGGUAUCUUCCUACUCGCUAUGGGAGGCAAGUCAUACACAGGGGCAUAG